AUGAGCGUAGCUCUCGUGACGAUGGAUUCCGCGUACGGAAUUCGGUUGGGGAUAGGUAGCCAUCACCAUCAUCAUCACCAUCACCAUCACCGGGUACGCUCGCCCGAGAGUCACGUGGUUCCUCGUCAAGAUCAACAACAGGAUCACAAGGACGACAUCGAGGCGCCUUUGAGAUUCAGCGUGGUAAACAUUCUCAGACCGGAUUUCGGUCGAGAGGCUAUCCUUAGCACGAAAACACCGAAACAGACCGCUCUGGUGCCUGGACACUCGACCACGAUUCCAGUUCCGAUUCCUCGACACAGUCCUCUAUCUCUGCCACGCGAUUUGAGCCUAUCGUCCAACAGACUGUCCCCCACGAGGCCGCAGCCCGGUAAUUUCUCCAUACACAGAGAGAGGGAUCUGUUCUCUUCCCAUUGCGGGCUAACGUCACCCCUUCAGAGGAACACCGGGCUCAGCAGAAGCGGAAGUCUCGAGAGUUUGGCGAGUAGCAGGAGUUCCGUCACCGGAAGCUCGGUCACCGGUGCGCCUUCUUUGGGGUCCACGUCAUCCACCAUUGGCAGUGAUUCCUUGAGCGGAGACAGCAGUUCCGCAAGUGCAACCAAUACCAACACGAGCCAAACCGGACUCAACGGACAGAGUCCUUGGCCGGCGUGGGUUUACUGCACCAGAUAUUCCGACAGACCCUCUUCCGGUAGCCGUUUCGUUGGAUCGCGGAGGAUAGGAGCGCGAGAAUAAGAGCGUCCGAGAACAGCGUUCAGCGCGGAGCAACUGGCGAGGCUGAAGAGGGAAUUCACGGAAAAUCGAUACCUGACCGAGAGAAGACGACAGCAGCUCUCGAGAGACCUGGGUCUGAACGAGGCGCAGAUCAAGAUCUGGUUCCAGAACAAAAGGGCGAAAAUCAAGAAAGCCAGCGGCCAGAAAAAUCCGCUGGCUCUUCAGCUGAUGGCCCAAGGACUUUACAAUCACUCGACGGUGCCGGUUGACGAAGACGGCGAGGAAAUCGUGACUGGAAGCAAUCAUUCGCACUAA